AUGUCGCCCAGUGAUGCGGAACGGGUCCUGGAGGAUGUGGUGUACAAUGCUCGGGUUUCGGAUUCUGAUGAUGUUGACCCUUUAGGUCAGGACAUCAUUGCUGAUGGCUCGCGGGUUGUAUCUUCGGAUCGUUCCUGGAAAUGUUCCUCUGCCAAACGAUCGCCCUCGCCGAUUAAGGGUUGUGUCGAUUUGUUGGCCAUUUCUUCAUGUGUCGAGUUUCAAGAAGUACCAUUGGGUACGGGGGAGCUGGGGUAUCGGGCUAGUUUGGAAUCAGAGACAAUGAUGGAUCCACCGGAUGUUGCGCCCCGCACUGAGACGCGUCCGGCUCGUACGUUUUCGCCCAUCGAAUAUGUAAUUAAUUAUCAUCCCUCGACGGAUAGCCCUUUGUCUGCGCAUAGGCAGGAUAAGUUGCUAGUUGAACAGUUGUCACCCAAGAGUAUUCCUACCCCAGUACGUCGUGAUCGUGGGGGUGGGAUGUUAGCCCAAGCGGCCGAUGGUAAGACGGUGAGCGAGUCUUUCCAGCUGGAAGAGGCACCGGUCUUACCUCAGGUAGUGGUUGACCCGCGGCUUACUGUGAUGCGUGCUCCGAAUAUUGUACUUCCGGACGAUCGCCAGCAAGCGAGUGUGAGUAAACGUGGGGCCACAACAACUGAUCGAACGGACCCUGCUUUUAAGAGGCCCCGCCGAUGGGAUGUUGUGGCUAGCCCGCCUAUCAUAGAGAGGAUGUUCGACCAACAGCAAUCGACCGGGGCCCACUACUCAGACAGCACAACCGGUCAUCGACUGCCAAUCGUCAAUGGGCAAGUCUUUCCCACAUUUGACCAACAUGUUGGUCAGGCACGGUUGUUCGCACACCAACAACCACCUUGGUUACGUGGUGCACCCCAAAACUCGCAAGAACUAGUGUGGGUUGCUUGGAAGUAUAUUGUCUCAGAUAUCUCAAGCGAUGCUGAAAAGCAGGGGUGUUUGGAGCAUCAAGCCUUAUACCCUCACACAGCCACAAUAGUAGAGCUCCGUGAACCACUAAUAUCGGUGUGGAACAAAGGUCUACCAAAGCUCUGGAACAGACUAUACGAACUCCGGAUUGCUAUGCGAGCUUUUAUUUCUACAGCCUACUCUGGUAUCUUAAUGGAAGGUUUAUUACACACGCUGGACCUUUAUGGGCCUACCCAUACCACGGCGUAUGCGGCUCGUAUCUUGUCGGCGGUAGGCCCGGAACACUCCACGUCUUCUGCAGUGGACCGGGGCCGCAAUACCGGAGAAACCACCGGAGUACGAUUUUCGGCACUUCGACUUCGCAAGAUCCUCAAUAAGUCGCCGGAGGAACUUGCACUACUAUGCAGCCUGUAUAGUGAAGUAGCCUUCGAUAAGAACAAUCAGAAAUAUAUUAAUGAUGUUGAUGUUAAGAUAAAACACAAACAGGGUGCUCAGCCGUCACGACAGAUCUAUCGCACGAAGGAUCCCGUCCUUAAAGCAGUAGAAACGGAGAAGGUUACGGAAUUCUAUGUAGCGGGCAAAGCGGAAACUGGUGACAAGUACAGCCAGUGGGUGAGCUCUGUCCGAACAGUUUGGAAGAACCCACCUUUUAAGGCUUACCUGGAUGAUGGGAAUAUGACCCACAAACGACGACACCGCCAGACGAUCCUAUCGGUCCUCAAUGAACAUUGGAACGAUCUAUUCAGGUUUGUUCGUAUCUGUAUCGCAAAAGAUAUCCGGCUACCGCCUCUAAAGUGCCAAUUUGGCAUCCUUUUCGAUGUUGCAAUGGUGUUCUUUGGUCGAGAGGAAAUCAACAACACCUCACAGGCCCUGUUUGCCGGCCACGGCCAUCCAACAGGCAGGAAUUGGCGUAUUGUGGUCACACCUGAUGUGAGCAACAGAGAGGUGGGGGCGGGUGUCUUUGCCCAAAUUCCACCUUCAGGUGCCCCAGAAUGGGAUGAGGAACAAGAGUGCAUAGCCGAAUGUAAUGACUAUAAGAAGGGACUUGGACUCCCACCUGUAGACAUACAUCCUCAGGUACUACGCUUGGGCCUUCUGGAAGGAGAAACGAACGAACAACUCUCACAUACCGAACGCAUCACAGAAAUCGAUGACACCCUGGAACCGCUACCCACCGAGCCAGUGCCUGCGGCUGAUGCUUCAACAGGACCACAGCAUAUGGUGCUCCUAUCUGAUCGUCAGUCGGACGACGCCCAAUUGUCAACCGACCAGCCUGUAGUCCCUACUAAGACACAGCGGGGUUCGGCCCAGCCUGUAGUCCCUACUAAGACACAGCGGGGUUCGGCACAAGUUCUGACCUCUGAGACAUACAACCCUGAACCCUUACCGACUAACGAUCGGGUAAUGGCUUCACGCACACCAUCCACUUCCCCUAACGAGGACGACGAUACCGUUAAGUUGAAUGACGCCCAGCUGAAAUACGACCGAGAAAUGCUAGCGAUCCGCCUUGCUGUAAGGAAGAUCGUCUUUCUGAUUCUUCCUUCCGGGACACGAACCACCUCAGAUACAGAGAGUGACAGUGGUCUUUGCGACGACCACAGAUACACCCAAUCGUCGUACACAGAGAUGCCGGCUGCCCAGUUCAUGGACUGGAUUAUACCGUUCGACACCUCGGACAUCGACAGUUUGGCACUCAACUUCAGUUGGGUGGACUUAUCUCAACAAUUAUGGGGCCCCUACGACAUUGAGUUCUUUGCGAGUCAUGAGGACCAUGUACUUGUCAUCUGUUGUACAAAGGAUGGUACAGGAGCAUACGGCAAGGACGCAUAUCAUGUGGGCAUCCAAUUCAAGCAUUGUUACAUGAACUCGUCCUGGCGGGAUAUCGACCCGCGUUCUGGUCCCGGCUGGCUUAUCACGCCCCCCACGGUGCCUCCAUGCCAUCGGCUGCCAGCCGAUGUCCUGCCUCACGGCUACGAUACGGACAGCCCCAGUGGUACCACCGCUGCCCAUGAAACACAAGAAGAUCUUAUUACUGCGACUGACUGGGCGAAUAGCUUGCAUGAGCGCGUGGCAAUGAGAGAGGGUAUACCAACAGUGGACCCUCGUGUACCCAAAGCGGUGGACCCUCCCACGGCACUAGAUGGUAUCGAAGAGGUCUUUGAUGAAGCUAUUUCGUUGGAACUGCCACGCACAGCAUUUCCGGUAAGCUGGAUGCAGGCCCAGGAGGUCACAGAGGAGGAAAUGUCCGCACGCCGUAUAGCUACAGACUCCAGUGUACCCAUGCCUGCGCUUACUGCCCGCCAACAGCCAGACAUGUCGGAACUGGAACGCCAGUUGGAUGCAGCAGUGACAGCCUAUACUGGAGAUCUUACCAGGUUAGGCCAGGUCCUCUUCGGUCCAGUCCCUGUCCAACAGGGCAGGGCCAAUGAGUCAUGGUCGGUACUACAGCCCCGACAAGUCAUGCGAUAUCGGGUCGUCUGA